GUCUUUGUCGAUAACGAAAUCGGGACACAAACUUUGCAUAAGUUAAAGUGUUCGGAUAGGGCACGACUUUUCUAUGUAACCGCACAACUAGAUUUUCUACAGGCCAAUAGUUGUGUUGACUUGGUAUAUCGGCGGUAGUGAUGGGUGAGCGGUCCGCAUCUCGUCAGAAGGAGCUGGCGGUGUUGGGGUUGACUGCGCAUGCAGUAGAUGAGACGUUCAUCAAGUGCCCGAUGUGCCUAGAGCGUUACACGAGGCCCAAGCUGCUCAAGUGUCUCCACACGCUGUGUGAACACUGCAUCACUGUCCACAUACAGCACGCAGCAAGGAACAAACAAGUUAGUCACCGCGAGUUUCCUUGCCCGAAAUGCCACACGAUGACGAAUGUGGUGAAGCCGGAAUUGCCGCUGGACAAGUGGGCUGACACACUUCCGGCCAACACUAUGAUGGAGGCGCUCCUCGAGUCCAUAUCACUCCAGGUUGACGACAAGUUGUGCGGCACGUGUGAGGAGGGCGGGGACAACACCCUGGCCUCGUACUGGUGCCGGGACUGUGCCGAGCCCCUGUGCGACAACUGUCUCAAGUAUCACAGGCUAAUGAAGAUCUCUCGCAGACACAAGAUCGAAGAGAUGGACAUUAUCAAACGACAUCCGAAGCGCAUCCUGUCAGUGCCGCAGCCGUGCCCGGACCACGUUGGUAAGGACAUCGAGCUUUUCUGCGCGGACCACAACACGCUCUGCUGCGUCAUGUGCGUGGCCACAGAACACCGGCGAUGCGAGAAGGUCGCUUCCAUUGAAAAACUUGCGAAGCAGCUUGAGGAGGGCGCCGUAACCGAAGAGCUUGUCGAUAAGCUCAACUCCUACCUGGAUCACCUGAAGACUAUGAAGGCAGACCGUGAAGGAAAUGUUGAUGCACUGAACAAUAAGAAAAACGAGAUUCUAGAACAGAUAGCAAACUACAAGGAAAACGUCACACUUCUAUUGGAAAAACUGGAGACAACGCUUACCGAACAGUUCGAGACAAUCCACUUGAAAGAGACGAGCAAGCUGAAAAAAGAGGUUGAUUGGUGUGAGGCGAUGACGAGCGCGGUGGAGAAUGCGAAAACCGUACUCACGGUCACCAACAGGCACUGUUCGAAUGCCCAGGUGUUCAUCACUGUGCAGCAGUGCAUCGAGCGCUCAAUCAGGUACGAGGAUCAACUGGCUAAGGAACAGUCGGAGAAAUUCGAACUGAUUGAUUUCAGCUUUGAAAUCGACUCUGCGUUUGAGAUGUUUCUGCAGUCGCUAAUCACCGUCGAAACGUUUGGAAACAUCCGCACACAUCGCCGUCGUGCGUGGAUACCGUCGGCCCCAGGACUCAAGCUAUUGCGAGAUCGCUCUGCAGAGAAAGAAGUAGAAUUCAAUUGCAAAACUCCUUCGGAUACGCGCAACUGCUGUUUGUCCUCUGUAUUAUUCCUGUCCGAUAGGAGACUGCUCGUUGCUGAUCAGAAUAACCAGAAGAUUAAACUUUUCAUGGACGAUGGGUCGCUUGUCUACGAACAGACGUUCACUACUUGGCCGCGUGAUUUUACCGAGAUUGGCGAUAACAAGAUUGCUGUAACCCUUCCAAAAGAGCGCAAGGUCGAGAUUUUCUAUCUUGGAGACAAACUUAAGAACUUGGAAACUAUUCGGAUGAUGGACGAAUGUUGGGGGAUCACAUACGCGAAAAACAACUUGAUAGUAGGUGGCAUCGGGCCUGAGAAAGGCAAUCUGAAACUUUUGACUGUUGACGGUGUGGAAAUCGAUACGAUAGAGGACGAUCCGACAGGAAGGAGACUGUUUAUCAAGACAAACUAUGUCACAACCAACGUGUCUGGAAAGGAAGUUUACGUCACUGACAGAACCAAGGACACUGUCGUAGCUCUCGUGCUCAGGAAGAGGUUUGACAAACCAGCCAUUCUGGAAGAUCAGGGUCCAAAACGGAAUUUGAAUGCAAGACCAAAAAUUCGAUCAAGUACAGUUCUCGGACAUGGAAAAGACCAACCCUCUGAUAACAGAGCGAGAAGCGAGUUGUCUAAGACACUUCCAAUUUUCGAGGAUCACAACAAAGGCCAGACAAAACUGAGAGACUCGGUAAGCUCCCCGAUCAACAUGAUGGACAAUGCGUUUGAUGAACGUUUGGAAGACUCCUACGAGCUGCAAUCUAAAGGGACACCGCAGAGGGACAAGAGGAACACUUCCUCCCAGGGUUCCCUGAAGACGUUAGACCUGGAUGGGACGGCGCGGGCCUCUCCAAUAGAACGGGUUGACUCCAGGUCAACCAUCAGCGACCGAGACCAGGACGAUAAAGUUGACUUCGACGUGCUGUACUCGUACUCCAAUGACAUCUUGAAGUCUGCCGGUGGGAUUGCGGUGGAUCACCAGGGUAACAUCUAUGUGACAGGUUACCGUUCCUCAAACGUGCACCAGAUCUCACCAGGGGGUGCCUUGAUUAAGAUCAUCCUGCAGGGACUCAACCAGCCGCUGGCCAUCUGCACGGAGCCGUUCGGAGAGCGGUUUGCCGUCACCGAGACAACGGCCACACGUCAGAACUACGUGCAGAUAUACAGGCUCGUGUAAGCGGACGGGUGCAGGGCGCCAGUGGAUUGCGAUCAUAAUGCUCUUAUAAAUUGUAUAUUGCGUGCUGCAAUUUAUAUACAGUAGAGAACGCUUGCGCUGUGUUACAUCAAAUUGGACAACGGAAAUUAUGACAAAAGUUACGGGCAGAAAACAUUGAAUUGGAAUUGUAAAAAUAAUGUUAUCGUAUUUGCUGUGUUAUACUUGUGAGUUAAUGUCGAGGGAAAGGGUAUUUAAACUGCCUCAUUUACAUUCAUGUUAUUGUAAUAAUGCGUGAACUGUCCUUAACUAUAUUUUAUUUACAAAUAAACUCCUAACUGCAAAAGUGUACAAACUGUUAAUGCGGUCCCAUACCAUGUGAGUUCAUUCUAAUCAUGCGCACAGAGCGCUCCAGGGGGAGUAGGCGAAUGGAAUGAUCCUACUCCAAAAGAGAAUCAAAAUGGCGACUGUAUUACCAGUGUUCAUGACUGCUGUAUUUCAAAAUAGUUAUUUAGUAAAAUGGAAUAGUCGAAUCAAAAAAUAAAUAGUGUUUAAGUA